AUGCAGCAUAUACCACACGCUUUUAUCGGUGAUCAAGCAUUUAUCAAUGGUUUUCAAUUGAAACAGGAGAUACAUUCGAUAUUGAAACAGCAAAAUCUACGAAAUCUCGGAUCAUCUUCAACCGCCGUUGAUCAAGCAAGUAUUUUACUUCAAUACAACGAUCUUCGUGAUCCACCGGAUGAGGAUGUACUGACCAAAAUUGAAACAUAUCGAAAUUCGCUAUCGAAUGAGAUGAGAGAAAACGCAUGUAGAAAUCUGAAUAUUUGGUACUUAUCUUGGAUGCAAAUAUUUGAAAAGAAGUUCGAUCAGACGAUACAAAAACUCACGAAAGAUCUGUUCGGUAUUGAUAUAACAAACGAAUUUCUAGUAAAACAACAUCGAAAAGGGCUCACCAACGUGGCAGUACUUAAAUGGUUGAUACUGUCUCUAGUCGGUGUACCGAUGCCUGAGAACUUGGCUCAUAAAAUUCGCCUUGUAAUAGACUUUUAUAAACAAUAUCGUCAUAUGAUCAAUGUUGAAAAUGUAGAGAAACGUAAAUCAGAUGCUAAAAAUGGUGAAAAAGUUUCUGAGGACUGUGAUGUAGUUAUUGGGUUUGAACUAAAGUUCUGGCCUCGUGUAGCUCUAAAUCGACUAGCAUAUUUGAAACGACAUAAUAAACGCGUGUAUAAUAUUGUCAAAAAUUCACCAGUUUAUAUCAUACCAAAAUCGUCAGAAAGAAACGUUUCAAGAUACGAGGCUAGCUUUGAUUUCCGCUUUUCAUUUUCAGCAGCUGAAGAAAAGUUAGCACAAUCACGAUCAAAAAUUGAGAAUAAACUAAAUGAAGUCGCACGUAAAGUUUACUAUUUAUAUUUACGGCAAAAUGAAAGCAAGCAUGAUCACUAUAUUCGGUCGUAUUUCAUUAAAACAUGUAUUCUAUGGUUAUGUGAACAAAAUCAAUUGGACCAGAUCAAACUGACAAAUGACGAUGAGCUGACAAGAAUUUUAACAAAGCUCUUUGUGGAAUUUGCGCGAACAAAGCUGAAAGAUAGACUGUGUCCCCACUAUUUCAUCGAAAAUCUCAAUAUAUUAGCGUAUUAUGAUGACUGUGUAAUACAAUUGGCGUACGAAGCGCUCGAAUCUGUUGAUAUUGUGCAGAAAAUCGAUGACAUAGAUACAUUUGAAUGGUUUGAAGUAUUCAAAUUUUGUCCCGACAUGGUCAGAUGUUAUCGUAAAUUUCAAAUGGAUAAUUUUAACGAUCACUCAUCUAUCUAUAUUGCCGAUAAAUAUGACUCAUCGUUACGGUUAUUGCUUUUAGGUUUUUACAUUUUAGAAAAUAACAAUCCAAAUUGGUGGGAUCAGUGGUGUGAUACCAUUCUGAUAUCAACGUCGGUGACAGAGGCAAUGAAUAUAGAUCAGCUUAGCAUCUCUGAUAUUGUUAUCAUCGUGCUCGAUUUAUUCUAUGCUAUUCAACGUAUGUGGCCCUUCUUCCGUUAUAUUUUGACUGAAGAUGAAAUUGUACAACGAUACGCCAGGAAACAGAGAACAUUAAUAAACUAUGCUAUACGAAUUUGUGAGAAAUGGAUGUAUGAUGCACAACUAAAUAGCCUUAUGGGUCAGCCACGAACAAAGGAGAUAAAGUGCGGUCAAGAUGCGAAAAAAAAUUCGAGUGAUUAA